AUGUCACACAGUACCUCCUCAACAAUGGCAUCUGACCAGAAAGUCGCAUUACUCGACCACAUUAUUGUUCUCGUCCCACACGCUGAACUCAAAGACCCACCAAAGAGUCUUACUAAUAAUUUCAACAUUACCAACGGCGGGAGGCAUGCAGAUGGGAAGACCGAGAACAAACUUAUUGUUUUCAAAGAUGGUUCCUAUAUCGAAUUAAUAUCAUUUAUCAAUGAUCUCCCUGAAAACCGGGCAGGCCAUUGGUGGGGUUCCAAACCCUACGGCAUAGUCGACUGGGCCUUCACAAACCAAAUAGACUACAAGUCCAACUACGAAGCCCUCAUUGGUCGACUAGCUGAUGCCCAAAAGGGUUCUUCAGGCGCAUACUCUUAUGCAACCCCUCAACUAGGUGGGCGGAUUCGUCCUGAUGGUGUCAAACUCGAAUGGGCGGUCACCUUCCCAACAAAAAAGGAAGGGGAAGAUACAGAGACAACGAGACCUUCUAAUCUACCAUUCUAUUGUCAUGAUAUCACCCCCCGGGAUAAUCGGGUCAACGGGGAAACAGAACAUCCCUGUGGUGCCGUUGGCAUCCGCGAAGUUCUAGCUUUGGUUGACGAUGUCCAAAAUGAUGCAUUUGCUGGUCUCAUUAGAGCCUCUGUGAACUCUGAUGAUAAAGAACAGAUUAAUAGAAGUGGCGUCUUAGUUGGCACACCCCAUGGUGCUCCAAGUGUUAUCUCUUUCAUGACUCCGACAACAGAUGCGGAGAAGGACGAAGCCUGCCUCCAUAAGUUUGUCCUAAAGGAGCUGAAAUUCGAUCACGGGUCAAGUGAUGUAUCUACCGGAAUAACAUUCUCAUACCCGUUUCAAGCCUAG